UUCUAUCCAAGUAUCAAAAUUGGAUAAUGAAAAUUUAAAUUUAAAUUUACCAAUACCACUUAUUAAUAAACUAUUAUCUGAUAGUAUUAUUAUUAAUAGUAAACAAUCAUCAGAUAGUGUUAUUAACACAUCCGAAUCUCUUUUACCAAUUCCAAUACCAGAAUCUGGUAUGCCGUUUAAAUCAUGGAUAGAACUUGAUAA